GCUGCGGCCCAGCAAGCGGCCAUACGUGCCAUUUUUAUGAAUCUAAAAGUGUUUUAUUACGCCAGGACGUUUAUAUGUUUUGUUUAUGAACUCUUGAGUCUUCUGUAAUUCUGUAAUCAUGUUGAUGCUGUAGCCUCUGAUAAUGAGAAGUCGAAAAUAUAAUAUCAUUGUUCAUUUUGUUGAAUUAUCAAACUGAAUGUUAUUUAAGAACUUAUUAUGUAAACUUAACACCAUUUUGUGUGAAAAGCACGUGUGAAGUGCGUGUCCAGCAUAAGUAAUCAGAACACGCUUCACGACGAGUUCUUUCUAAAUAAUGGAUUCUUAUCGCUCCCGAUCUGCGGCUAUAACGCUAUGGCUAACAGUAAUGGGUUUGUCGCAACCUCAGCUGCUGCCAGCCGAUAAUGAGACGCCACCCUUCAGUACGCUGUAUAAAUGGAAAAAUGUCGACUUCGAAUUCCCUUCAAUCCGGCAUCGCAGAGAAGCGCUUGCUACUGGAAAAUUUGUUCCGGAAAGUGUUUUACCUCUUGGUUUAGAGGUAUGGGGUUCAAGAAUAUGGGUAACCUUACCAAACUGGAGAAGCGGUGUACCAGCUACCUUGGCUACGGUGCCGCGAGCUGGAGGUGUCAUCUCACCCGCGCUUAAGCCGUAUCCAGACUGGAGUUAUCAUACAGCACUUAAUGAUGAUUUCAAUUGUACGAAAAUGAUAUCAGUCUUCCGAGUCAAUACCGACCCGUGUGGAAGGCUCUGGGUUUUAGACUCCGGCAAAAUCAAUGCGCAAGAUAAUUCAGUACAAGUCUGCCCUCCGAGCAUCUUCGUGUUUGAUCUACUUACAGACAUGCUUAUAGCACGUUAUCUUAUACCCGACAACUAUGUACUGCAGGACUCUUUGUUUGCGAAUAUAAUACUAGAUACAAAAACAUCAGAUUGUUCAGAUCUACACGCGUAUAUAGCGGACACGUGGCGUUUUGGAUUAAUAGUUUUCAGGCAAGAAGAUGGAAUGUUUUGGAAAUACUCUAAUCCGUUAUUCUACCCGGAUCCUUUAGCGUCAAACUUCACUCUACACGGUCUCAAUUUUCAAUGGAGCGACGGAAUAUUUGGGCUCGCUUUAACCCCCGUAGAUCAUUUUCGGGAGAGAAUGCUAUUUUUCCAUUCUCUAUCAAGUUACCGAGAGUUUUAUGUGCCAACUUCAGUGCUACGCAGACCAUCACAAGUCAACAACAGUUUUUCGGAGUUUAAUCUCGUGGGCGAGAGUCGUGGGUUAUACGGACAGUCAUCAGCUUCGGCUUUUGAUGAUCGAGGAGUUAUGUUUUAUGGUUUAGUUUCCCGAGACAGUAUCGGUUGUUGGGACAGCAAUAAGCCGUAUCGAAAGAGAACCCUAGGCACAGUGGCAGAAAACGCAGAAACAUUAAUAUUUCCGAAUGAUAUCAAAAUCAAUCAAGGUGAACAACAAAAUGUGUGGGUAAUUUCUAAUAAACUGCCCAUGUUUCAGAAUGGUUCUUUAGAUUCCGAUGAUUAUAAUUAUCGGAUUCUUUAUGCAGAUACGAAAGAGGCUGUACGCGGAACAGUCUGCGAUCCUGCCAUCAAAAUUCCAAUUCGUAGAUUACUAGUGAACCGGAGAUAACUAUACUGCCAUACUACAAAAUAAAGUACCAUAAUAAAA